AUGCCAAUCACCACCUAUCAAAGCUUCACUAGCUUCGUUAAUGGCUGGUUAAUUCGUCACAGGUAUUUCGUCGAACAGCUUAAGUGCGCUUCUUCCUUCGAUGAAACUAACCGUAUCGCUGUCGAAGAGCAACGUUCUUUAGUGACCCAGUUUCUAUCUCACUGUCUUCAAUACUACCAAGAGAAAUCAGCCUCUGUUUCCGUCGCCGGAGACAACGUUUUCACUUUCUUCUGUCCACCGUGGUUCAACUCCUACGCUAAACUCAUCCUCUGGGUCGGAGAUUGCAGGCCUUCUCUUGUCUUCAAACUCACCGAAGCUUCCGUGGAAGAUCUGACGCGUCACCAGAAAGACCGGAUCUUGACUCUCCGGUCGGAAACUAGGAGGAAAGAGAGAGAUGUGAUGCGAGAUUUCGCGCUUGUGCAACAGAGCGUUGCUGAUCCUCCGGUGAUGCUCGCGGCGAGGCGAGUCGGUGCGGUGGGUAUGGUUGACGGAGAAGAGUCGCGUUUGGAGGAAGCGAUGGAGGUUCUUAAAUCCGGUAUGGCUGCGGCGAUGAACAACGCCGAUCAGCUACGGUGUUCUACGGUGGGGAAAGUGGUGGAGAUUCUUACUCCGUCGCAAGCGAUUAAGGUAUUGAGGACAAUCGGAGAGCUUCAUCUUCAUCUGAGAGAUAUGGGUUCGGAGGGAGCUUAA